AUGACCCUCAACCGCUACGAGCAGCAGAUCGAAGACGAGUUCCAACGCGCGGCAAAGACGCCCGGGACGGCCGAGUACGUCAGUACCAAGCUCAGCGGACCGCAACAUUCGUGUCCACACGCGGACAAGACGAAGACGCGCGGGAUGCCGAAGAGACUAGGUUUUUUCCGCCAGACCGACGGCACCAUGACAUAUCUCGACACCGACAAGGUGUGCCAACGCUGCUACGACGACAUGACACCGGCCGGGUUCACGGUGUGGUCGACGGCGUACAAGCCGUCGGAGCGGCCAAUGACGCCGACGUCUCAGGCACGAUAUCGGAACGAGGGAGACCCAGACCGACUAGACCAUUGGGCCGCGGUCGCCAUGCCCACCAGCUCCGACUACUAUCCAGCCAUGUGGCAGGCGGGGACCGAGGACGAUGCCGACACCGAACCCAUCGUCGACCGGCGGCUCCCGAACAACGCAGAGGUGCGCGAGCUCUGGCGGCAGCUCCAGACCGACGGCAGGCCGUUCUAUGUCGACCAGCUGCAUCUGACCCAGCCGUGGGAUCCCAAUGCUCCGGACCAGAGAGCCGAGGACGCCCGCGUGGCUCGCGAGAACAGACUGGCCUACGAAAACGCCGCGAGGGGCUACGUGGAAACGGGCGUCGGGGGUGCCGGCUACAACAGUAUCGUCGAGCAGCGCAUCCUGCGAGAACGCGCCGUCGAAUUGCCCGCCCGGUUCGGCGAGAAUAGAAACACGGCCACGCACGACGAGACCGAAACCGAGACCGAGACCGAGUACAGGGACCGGGACCGUCCAGAGCUGACUGUGAGAGAAGAUCUUGCGGGAGUCGAAGUCCCGACCAACUGGCCGGAAAUGUACCGCAUGCCCUCGAAAGCGGAAAUCGACGCGGCCGAGUACGAAAUGACCGGGCGCAUCACCCAGCCGACGGACGAGGAGGCCAAUAGACGAUUCCACCUGGAGUAG